AUGGCUCGUGAUAUUCGUACCACCCCCUCGGAUAAACUAAUAAUCCGUCUCGGAACCAAUCAGCAUUGCUCGCGUAUCUUCAUACGAACAAGUACCCGUGGACUUCAAAACAUCGUCACUUUGAGUAUAUUGCAACCUCGGAAGGAGAAGCCGGCUACUACAGCGCUAAGUGCUACUGACAGGAAUGUUAUGAUCAAAGUCUGGCGCAAUUGCAACCUCAUGAAGCUUGCUACAUCUGGUGAUAGACCUGCUUAUAAGCUGAAAGCGACGAGGUGGUCAUUCCUUAACCUUCAACUGAAUAAAGAGGUUGAGAGGGAGACUUCCGCUGCAGCAUUUCCUGCAGCUAUUGAAGAAACUCCGUAUGGCGCUCCUUCUGCUUCUUAUCAUGCGUCUUUUAGUCUUCCUUUAAUAGAUGAUCCUAAUUAUGAGGGGCCUAAUCCGCUUCUUCGGGAUAGCCUCUCCAACGUUCUUGUUAAUGUACCAAACACAAAACAGCUUCUCAUCAUCGGAGAGGAACACCUGAAUAUUGCUGUCACCUAUAACGAGCUCUUUAAAUGCGUCUACAACCCAUCGAUACAUGCGCUCAUGUUCACUUAUGACGAAGCACAUAGCCAUGCUCGUAGUAGUCACAUUGAUGAAGAUGAUGUCGGGAUAGAGGUGUGCGAGCCUGAUUACUUCGUUUGUAGCGUAGAAGAGGAAGUUUAUAUGGCCUCCUUCAUCAGUACGGUACUAGAGCGCCCAGUCAUCGCUCUCCUGACACUCCAUAACCAAGUACUCGAUAGGAGAAAGGUCCUGGAGUCUCUCCUUCCUCGCGAGCGCUACCUUAUUGUAGAUGAUGAAGCGUGGAGGUACUGCAGAGGCAUGCAGAGAGCGGACCCGAGGUUUAUGGGCUUCGGUUGGCUUCCGGUCGCAUGUAUGAGCGAGCUUCGCGGUAUCUUCAAGAAGGUAGACCUCUCAUGUACCACACUCAGUACGAUAGAUUCUGACCUCAAAAGGAAACUUGACUAUCCACAUCAAAAGACGUCAUCCGCGUCGCUGCUGCUGCUCUGCAUUGAGAACGAAGUGCCAACAAGCUUGCUGGCAACGUCAGACCGUAGCAUUGCUGCCCUGAUUACUACACUCAUGCAACCGUUCCAGCAAAGAGGGGUGCUAGUUGACGGUCACGAGAUUGAUGGGCGCAUUCGUACGAGAGUACAGGCUUCAGUACCCGAGGACUUGCCUGUCCACCAAGCAGAUGAGGGUAUUAUUGCGAAUUUCAGUCUUGGGCGCCAAAAGAGACGAGCUCAUGCAGGCCUUUUUCGGAUUCAAAAGUCCAAUUCCUGGGCCGAGUUACGAUUUAGAAUCGUUCGUGGAUUGCAAAAUUUGACAGCAUAUGCGUUCUUGGGUGGCUUGGCUGCCCAAACUCGGAGCAAACAAUUCGUUAUGGAGAGAGUGGGAAAGGUGGAAGGCAAGUGCCCUGCGUGCUACUGGGGCUUCUGA